GACUCCUCCCGACUGGCGAUGCCUCAGUGUUGCCGUGGACAACGGUUGUUCUUCCGCUCCAAAUCACCUUUAGUCACACCCUUCUGCUCCGCAUUUGUCAGCUUCACUGUCACUCAAAUCUGUCCUUCGUAUUACGAUUCGGGUAUUCAAAUAUCAAUCACCAUUGACGCCCUUCUAUUGGCUGUACGCACGAGUGGGCUUGUCUUGGGAAUUAAACCAAUGCAGGGAGAGAGAUCAGCAGCAGUCCUCGCACGAAUGCAACAAGUGGAUUUUAUUAUGUACGAUAGUUACCACUUUAUGUCGUUUUAGUACGCUAUUAUGAGGACAAAUCAACUCCAGGUUAGGUUUAUACGCUAAAAUAGAGUUUGGUGAGUUCUAAAUCUAAAUCUAGAACUCUGGUCUUUGUUGGGUCCUGCUCGCGAAUGUUCCAUGUGUGAGGGGAUUAUGGUGAAACUCACGGAUUUGCCAAAGUUUGAUAUGCACGCGAUCUGGAGUGUCGCGUGACCUCUCAUCUAAACAGGGGCGCGCGCUUGCCUUUGUUUGAGUUGUAACGGUGCAGGUCUCACUGGGCCCAGAGUAACAAGUGUUCGUUGAUAUAGUGGACAGGUGAGUGCCCCCGUGGGCAGGGAUGUCUGACAAUGCCUCUGAUGAAGAUGCAGCUCUUAGGGAAGAAGGAGUCUCGGGGGAAUCUGUGCGAAAGGGAUGUGAUCCUCUGGUCUUAACUCAGCGCAGCAAACUUCAGCAACGAAGAGCCAAACUCAAUCAGCAAAUCAACCGUGAGCUCCGUUUGCGAACAGGAGCGGAAAAUCUGUACAGGGCUACAACUAAUCAGAAGGUUAAAGAGACGGUGUCGUUGGAGUUGAGCUUUGUAAACUCAAACCUGCAGCUACUCAAAGAAGAACUGGAGGAGCUGAAUAGCAGUAUGGAGGUUUACCAGACUGAUAGUGAGAAAGUAAAUGUUCCUAUGAUCCCACUUGGACUAAAGGAGACUAAGGAAAUUGACAUGACUAUUCCCCUUCAGGACUUCAUCAGUGAACAUUAUGGUGAAGAUGCUUCUCUCUAUAUGGCAGAGAUCAAAGAGUUUAUGGAUCUCAGACAAGCCAUGCGGACCCCUAGCCGUAAUGGCGCAGGGCUCAAGCUGCUCAUGGAGUACUACAACCAGCUCUACUUUCUGGACCAGCGCUUCUUUGCUCCACACAAAACACUGGGAGUUCACUUCCACUGGUAUGACUCCCUGACCGGUGUGCCAUCAUGCCAGAGAGCGCUGGCUUUCGAAAAGGGAAGUUUAUUGUUCAACAUUGGAGCGCUGUACACACAAAUCGGUGCAAGACAAGAUCGCUCCAUGCUGCCUGGCAUCCAUAACGCAAUUGAUGCUUUCCAGAGAGCAGCUGGUGCAUUUCUCUACUUGCAAGAGAACUUCUCUCAUGCUCCCAGCCUAGAUAUGAGUAGCCCUGCACUGAGCAUGCUGGUUCGCCUCAUGGUCGCUCAGGUUCAGGAGUGUGUUUGUGAGAAAGUAACGCUUACUAUAGAAGAGGACGACCUCAUGUCAAACCUGCAGGCAGCUCAGGAGGCAGCACGGGUUUCAGAUGUCUAUUCCCUGGUGCUGCAGGCCAUGUCAGUGCCUUUGCUGAAAGAUUACGUUCCAUUCUCCUGGGUCUCUGUGGUUCAGGUCAAAACUCAGCAUUUCAGAGCCUUGGCCCACUACUACACUGCUGUUGCACUGUGUGACUGCACAGAUAUGAUUGACAAGGACGAGGAUGAUGGUUCAGGAGUGAAGGCCCUAGUGCAGGUCCACACCAGACCUCCAGACAGACUGUGUCUACAAGAGCCAGAGGACAGACUGAGGCUGGGUAAAGCUCAUUUGCGUAAAGCUAUCAUAAGACACGAGGAGGCGCUACGUCUCCAUGGUGUGUGCAAGAUACUGCGCAAGAUGGAUAUUUUACAGGAAGUUCUGUCAUAUGCACACACACGUUCACUGGAAAAAUACUCAGGCAUUGAUCAAGAGGAUGAUUUUUGUGAAAUUGCAGAAGCUCCAGAGAUUCAGUCUCACACUCAUCAAAAGCCUGAUAUUCAAACCCCUGACUUCAGCUCGGUUAGAAUAACGGACGUCUUUCACCGACUGGGUCCUCUCUCUGUAUUCUCUGCUCGGAAUCGAUGGGUGAGGCGCCGUGUGUGUCUGAUUCAGGAAGAGACAGGGCUUGGUCUCACUCUGCGAGGUGAUUCACCGGUUCUGGUUGCCGGUGUGUUGCCGGGGGGUUGUGCUGCAGAAGCAGGAUUGUGUGAAGGUGAUUAUAUUGUGGCUGUGAAUGGUUCAGACUGCAAGUGGGCAGAACACGCAGAAGUAGUGCACGCUCUGAAAAGUUGCUCGGAGAGAGGAGUGGAGCUUGACGUUAUUACCCUCCAAACUCACGAGAUGGAGAGAAGGGCGGCCUCACUUUCACCCAGCAGUGACAGGGAGACUCAGUCUGCCAGGCAGAAGGGACACAGCAAGGAUAAUGACAGAGGCGCUACCUCUUUACUGAACUGGAGCUGGAGAAGUGGAGGAGGAGGCGGAGUUACGAAAAGACUUGGUAGCACUUUCAGCCUCCCUUUUGGCAGCUUGCAUGAGAGUGAGUCCAUGUACUGACAGAAAAUGAGGAUGCAUUUAAGCAAAAGAAAAGCACUAUUCUUCCUUCCUAGCAUUGUCAAUUUGUCAGUAAUACGUCAGCAGUUAUAUGAAAGGUAUAUUAACUGAAAUUAUGUGAAUAAAUUACAAAAGCUUAUGAUGGUAUUAUUUAAUCUUACAUAAAAUUUCCAGGUUUGUACUUAGUUUUUGUAGUGUAGUUAAUAAGGACAACAAUAUAGUAUGCAUCACUUUUCCACUGUCUGUUGUGCUUCACAAAACAAGGUGAAUGAUUUUCAUAUCUGACUUCUGACUUCAGUCAUGUGUUCAGCAACAAAAAAAACUGACAAGGAAAUGCUAAAGGUGGUUUAUGGUUCCUUUAAAAAAAUGUGCAGUGUGUUUUGAGUGCUAUCCAGCUUUGCAGUGAUGAAAUGUAUGUACCUAGCAAAGCUAUCAAACCACAUACUUUUGAUAAGUUCUUUAUUUAGAACAUUUGUGUAUA